CAUCGCCUCACCGUCAAACAUGAUUUGCAUCAUCUAUAAUUUGCAUAGUUUCUGCCACAGAACAAGGAAUGCUUUUGUUUUCACCGCCUUGACAACAAUUAAUGAAUUGCUUGAACUCAGACUGGUCUCGAUCUGCCUAGUAAAUGUAUUAAAGGCGCUAUACCACCCAGUGGGAGUUAUUCUUUUCACUCACCCUUUGUGGUCAUUUAACGCCCAACGCUGAGCUUACUGCAAGACAUUUGAUGCUGACUGAAUACUAAUACUAUGCCACCUUACGAAAUAAGCGGUGCGGGUUUCUUCUCUCCCAUUCGUAUUCUCCACAACACGGGCAGCAGCGCUACAAAGCUCCAGACAAAUUCAGAUGAUCUGUCCCCCGCCCUGAACCACUUCGAAGGAUCUGACGGCAAGAUCUUCAUGUCCAUUAGUCCAGACCGUAGCAAAGAGCAUGAGCGGUAUCGUGGCGCGAACUCGGUGC